AGAGGGCACGUGGAAGGCCACCUUCGUGUUGGUGGAGACGGGUGGCUGCCGAGCCAAGGUGUAUCUCCAGGAGACCCACGGGCUGUCCAGAUCCCCAUCUCCACAAUGGACUGCCCAGGCUGACCAGCCAGUUCCGCUGGAGGUUCCUGGUGUGAUCUGGGGUGACCAUGUCCAAGCCCCCUGACUGUCUGCUGCGGCUCCUCCGGAGUACCCCGAGGCAGUGGGUCUGCACGCUGUUCAUCAUCGGCUUCAAGUUCACGUUUUUCAUCUCUGUCAUGAUCUACUGGCACAUCGUGGGCGAGCCCAAGGGCCAGGGGCAACUCUAUAACCUGCCUGCGGACAUCCCCUGUCCGCCCUCGGUCCCCUCCAGCCCGCCCUCCAGCACCCCUGCUCCGGACAACAUCUUCUUCUUGGAGACUUCGGACCGGACCGACCCACACUUCCUGUUUAUGUGCGCGGUGGAGUCGGCGGCCAGGACCCACCCUGAGUCCCGGGUGCUGGUCCUGAUGAAGGGGCUGCCGGCCGGCAAUGCCUCCCUGCCCCGGCACCUGGGCAUCUCGCUUCUGAGCUGCUUCCCCAACGUGCAGAUGCUCCCGCUGGACCUGGAGGAGCUGUUCCGGGACACGCCCCUGGCAGCCUGGCACGCGGCCCUGGGGCGGCGCUGGGAGCCCUACCUGCUGCCCGUGCUCUCCGACGCCUCCAGGAUCGCGCUCAUGUGGAAGUUCGGGGGCAUCUACCUGGACACGGACUUCAUCGUCCUCAAGAACCUGAGGCACCUGACCAAUGUGCUGGGCGCCCAGUCCCGCUAUGUCCUCAAUGGCGCCUUCCUAGCCUUCGAGCCCCGGCACGAGUUCAUGGCGCUGUGCAUGCACGACUUCGUGGCCCACUACAACGGCUGGGUGUGGGGCCACCAGGGCCCGCAGCUGCUCACGCGGGUCUUCAAGAAGUGGUGCUCCAUCCGCAGCCUGGGUGACAGCCAUGCCUGUCGCGGCGUCACCGUGCUGCCCCGCGAGGCCUUCUACCCCAUCCCUUGGCAGAACUGGAAGAAGUACUUUGAGGACAUCAGCCCCGAGGAGCUGUCCCAGCUGCUCAAUGCCACCUACGCCGUCCACGUGUGGAACAAGAAGAGCCAGGGCACGCACUUCGAGGCCACAUCCAGGGCGCUGCUGGCCCAGCUGCACGCCCGCUAUUGCCCCACGACACACGAGGCCAUGAAGAUGUACUUGUGACCGGCCCACCAGGUGGCCUCCCUCACGGUGUCCUGCUGCAGAGGGGUGCUGGGCUGCCCCUCCUGGGAGGGUGGAGGGGGCCCUGGGAGAGAAGGUGAGAGCCGCUGCAGCCAGGUUUGGGGCAGGCUGCCGAGUGGGUGCUGUGGGAGCACGUGCCGUGGGUCCUGGAACCGGCUCCCUUCAUGCCGGGGUGAGGCCACUGCCCCGUCUGGGGUCUGGCUGAUCAGUGGUGCAGAGUUGGCUGGAGUGAGCUUGACGAGCAGGGAGAGUGAACAUCGAAGCACCUUGGGGGCUGCACGGGGAAGCCAGGCCGGCUGGGGUGGAGGUGCUGUGAGGGGGUCACCGAGAAGGAAGGAGGGAAGGGCUUCCAGACAGGAGAGGAGGCAGCUGGUGGGACAGCGGGUGCACAUCUAGUCCCGGGAGCCCAGAGGUGGUGGCUUUCUCUUUUCUGGUUCUGGCUCUUUUUUCGAAGGGACUGAGCAGGGGCAGAGUCUGACAGAGCAGGCCCAGGCUGCCCACCCGUCCUUUCCUGUCUCUAGAAAUGUUGCAAGCAGGCAGGUACCGGCUGCCACAUCCAUGGACGUGGGGGCAGGGAGAUUCUUUUGGCUCAGAAGAGGCAUUUUAAAGAAAUAUCCCUGCCCAUGCUAAACACAGGAGAAUAAUAAACACAACAGAAGUGACCCUCUGA